CUUAUUUUUUGGUGGUUUGUUUUUCAUAUUCAUGAAAAACAAAAAUUAUAUCACUAAAACAAUUCCUUUAUUUCAAAAAAUUAUACUUUUUAUUUUUAAAUCGAACCUCCUCCCAAAACCAACGGUGGUUCAACUUCUUUACAACCACAGACAAAGUUCUUUGAUUGAUUUUGACACUGAUGAUCCUUCAGUUGCUUCGGUCCCACAAACACAGCAAAUUCCCCCCUCCGUUCCUGUUUCGUUAAAUGACAAUUGGGCAAACUUUGAUUCAACUCCAACUCCAGUGGUAACAAAGCUGAUGCCUUUUUCUCAAGCUCCUUCAAGUGGUGCUAACUUGCUUGACAUGCUUUCUGAGUUAUCAGUUCCUGCAUCUGUUAACAACCCACAAAUGUCACUUUUUGGCACAAAUCCUCCUCCUCCUCCUCCUGCUGCUGCUGCUGGUGCACCACCAUCGGUGUUUGUCCCUGGUGGUGGUAAUAAUGGCGAUUUAUUUACUUCAAGUUAUUCUUUUUCAUUUUUGUGCUCCAGGGUGGUACCUGUGUUAUGAGUUAUCACACAACCUUCCACAACACAACUCAUUACUUUUUAUAUCAACUUUGUUACAAUUUUUGUGACCUGAAUCAAUUUUUGUGACCUGAAUCAGGCAAAUAUAUCUAGUUUUACCAAAAAUAUAUCUAGCUCUUACCCUUUAAAUUUGAACCGCAGGCGUGGUUAAUUUGUAUGAUGAUGAUGGUCCGGUGGUGGGAUUUUCAGGUUGGUUGAAUUAUUGGGGGUGCGAGGCGAGGCUAGCUGGCCGGUGAUGAUGGUGUUGCGACAGGGGAGAUGGAGAUGAAGGACCGAUUAGUGGUGUAGAGAUGGAGAAAGGGUGGUGUUAAGGUGUUCGGUUGGGAGGAAAAGCGUAUUCAAUUUAGGUAUUAGCCGUACUUAAUCAAAAUGGGGGCGUAUUUGAUUUAGUUAUUUCAUUUUGUUUCUAAUACAUCUCCUUAACCGUAUUAGAUGCUGAAAUUGUGCGUAUUAUAUUUAUUUAUCCCUUUAUAAUACGGUUUUUAUUUACAACCGUAUUAGAUGGGGGUGUACUCUAUAA